AUGGAACCGGGUUGUCGGAUGUUCGUUGGUCGGGUCGCACUCUCACUAAUCCGAACCCGUCCAGUCCGGGCCGCCCCGGGGGGACCCGACCGCUCCUCGUCAGAUGCUGACGCUGUGGAUAUCGAUCGCCAUCGCGGCGCUGCCGACGGGGGGCAGCCCUCCUGUCGGUUGAGUCGCGGCGAGAGCCUGUUCCGCACUCCGCCUCAUGUAUUGUAUUGUGGGGACAUCUUGGCUGGUGACUAUCCCAUUCAUCCAUCUGUGCGUUGGUUGGCAACCAUGGCACGAGUUCCCGUCCGACUCAAUGUUUAUGAUAUGUACUGGCUAAAUGAUUAUGCAUCGAAUAUAGGAUUUGGUAUUUUCCAUUCUGGCAUCGAAGUCUAUGGAGUUGAAUAUGCUUACGGUGGGCAUCCUUACGCAUUCUCCGGAGUUUUCGAGAAUUCGCCACAAGAUGCUGAAGAACUAGGAGAAAACUUCAAAUUUAAACAAUCAAUUGUAAUAGGAGAAACAGCAAUUACUGCCGCUGGAGUUCGAGAGCUGAUCAAAUCGCUUGGUCAGGAGUAUCGAGGAGACCGAUACCAUCUAAUCUCUAGAAAUUGCAACCAUUUCAGUGCUGUUCUGGCUAAAGCGCUUACUGGAAAUGAUAUUCCGACCUGGAUCAAUCGACUGGCGAACCUCAGUGGAUCUAUUCCUUUUUUAGAAAGAUGUUUGCCCCAAGAAUGGCUGACUCCAGUCGCUCUUCAACAGUCUCUAGAAGACCAACGCAACGCAGAGCAAUCUAAACAAAAUAGUGCUGAAGCACAGAAAAGGCUGUCAAUCGAUUCUGCAGAGGAUGCUUUAGACGCAAAGUUGAACGACUCUCGUGCCACAGUGGUUUCUGCUCGAGGAUUCACAUGCAAUGACAACUCAUCACCGCCAUCAUCCGGAAUACCGAGUCGUUCUGGUUCGCCGCCGUCCAUCCAGCGGAUAUGGGCUCAGAUCAAGUCCACAAUGGCUGGAGAUAUUCGGCCUUGA